AUCACGCACCGGAUUUUUGUCAGAAGAAAGGUAUCACUGCAGCAAUGGCUGUCGCGAAACACGUUAGAGAUGGCUCUGAACAAGCCGUAAGGGAUAUGGCGAAUCAGAUGCUCAAAAAGUGGACGUUGGACAAUCAAUGCCAGAAGUCAGUGGUUAUCGUCGUUGCAGUCGACGACAGAAAGUUCUGGGUUGCACGAGACCCGAAAGUACCCGUUUACGCGGCCGAAUUCAAUCAAAUAUUUGCUGAUCAAAAAGAACUGUUCGUGAAAGGCGAUUAUGCUCAAGCACUUGGCAAUAUUUUACAACAAACCUGGGAGAAAGCAGUCGAGAAACAAGGUCCAGGAACAGGUGGCGACGGGGGCAUAGACGAUGGUCGUGGUGGGGCUGGUAUGGGUGGUGGUCGAGGUGGAGGUAUGACUGGUGGGCCGGGUGGUGGUCGGGGUGGAGGUGGUGAUCCGUACAAAAAGAAACCAGCGUUUUCACUACCGAAAAUCCCGAUGUUGGUAUGGAUCAUACUGCUGUGCGUUGUGGUUCCGUUGUUGUUGUGUUGCUGUUGUAUAUGUUAUUGCUGUUGCUGUAAGAAGAGCGCGGGUAGCAAUCGAAGGCAACAACCAUCGGAUAUGGAACGGGGUGAGGGUGGACAGGGCGGAGGAGGUGCCGGUCGACGGGCUGGGGGCGGCUUCAAUUUUGGUAGCAUUUUAAGCGGAUUAGGCGGCGCCGGUAUAGGUAAUUUGGCCGGGCGUCUGCUGAGUGGUGGCCGUGGUGGACGUGGUGGACGGGGCAUGGGCGGUGGA